UGUUUUUUUUUAAUUUCACACCGCGCGUAACGUAUUUUUAAAUAAAAGUUUGUGUUGUCUGUGACUGUUUUAGUUUUAAGUGCUCUAUAAACGUUGAAAGUCUCCUUGUUCUGUGAUCUAUUUUGAAGCGUGGUUCAAAAUUAUUACGAGUUUUAAUUAGUAAUUACUUGGCCAGUGUAUUUGUGGUCUUAAAAGUAUUAAUAAAUUUAAAACUGAAGGAAGAUAUAAAAUCAAUUAAAUUAAUAAGGUAGUUCACAAAAAUGGUGGCAAACGGGAGAAUGGAGAAGAAACCGUCUACGGACAAGAUACCCACGACUGCAACGCUGGAUGAGGCCAUGCUGGAGGCAGGUCUGGGCUUGUACAACAUCGCGCACAUGCUGAUGAGCGGCGUCAUCCUGAUGGGGGUGAUCAUGCAGACCGUGAACCUUGCUUAUGUGAUCCCAGCAGCGCAGUGUGACCUCAACCUUAGCAUUGAGACCAAAGGAUGGCUCGCAGCCACCCCUUUCACUUCUAUGAUCCUCACGUCUCACAUGUGGGGCUACUUGGCGGAUACGCGCGGCCGCCGGCCAGUAAUGAUGGUGUCCAUGCUGGUUUCCGUGCUUUUCAGCAUACUGGCCAGCUUCGCGCCCAACCUGCCCGUGUUCGCCGUUCUGACGUUCUUCUCGGCUGUAUUCAUGUCGGGCCCCUCAGCCGUCGUCUACACGUACCUGGGCGAGUUCAACAACCUCGAGCACAGGGACAAGAUGGUGGCCUUCGGAGCCUCGUUCGUGGGGAUCGGGACCGUGCUGUUACCUGGUGUCGCCUGGCUAAUCCUCCCACAGGAAUUUGCCUGGCCAAUCUCCUGGCUGGGCAUCGUCUACCGCCCCUGGCGCCUUCUCGUGGCCGCCGCCGCCCUACCCUACACCCUGGGCGCCGUACUCCUGUUCUUAGCCCCCGAGAGCCCUAAGUUCCUUUACGCGCAGGGAAAAUAUGACGAGUGCUUGGCGACAGUGAAACAUAUCUAUGGGGUCAAUAAGUGGAUUGAUCCGGAGACAUUCCCAAUCAAAACAUUGGUAGUGGAUCCGAGUGCAGUGACAGCUAGCAGCGGCAAGGGCAUUACGGCAGUUUUGAGUUCCAUGUGGGACCAGACAGCGCCCCUGUUUAAAGGGAAACUUCUCAAAUGGACUUGCCUCACUUGCUUCGUGCAGUACGGGAUAUUCUCAGCUGCCAACGGAUUCUACGUAUGGUUCCCGUCAAUUCUCAACUCGCUGGCUAACCACAACGGCGCCAAAGACGCCAGGAUUUGUGAAAUUCUAGAUGCGAGUCAGAAAGCUGCUGCAAACGCUACUGAUGUGGUCUGCGAUGACACCAUGAACACCGAGACCUUCGAGCGCUCCAUCUAUAUCGGCCUGGUGUUCUGCUCCAUGUACAUCGUGGUCGGCUUCAUCGUGGACUUCGUAGGCAAGAAGCUGAUCCUCCUGACGAUCCUGGGUGUUUCUGGCUUGUGUGGGAUCAUUACUCAUCUGGCUUCAAACCAGCAGACGGCGGUAGUUCUCUUCGCGGUGUUCCAGAUGAGUGGAGCUUGUAUUGGAAUAAUGAAUGCUAUGGCUGUGGAAUUGUUCCCGACUAGAUACAGGGCUAUGGCAAUAUGCUUGUCCAUGAUGAUGGGCCGUGUCGGUUCUGUGGUGGGCUCCAACCUCAUCGGCGUAUUCAUGAGGGUCAACUGCGGUAUCAGUUUCUAUCUCUUCGGAGGUCUUUUACUCGCAUGCUGCGCAGUCUGCCUAACUCUUCCAGGAAAAAAGACACGCGUAAGACAUACCAAAAAGAGCGUAGCACCGGCCCAAAAUGAAACCCAUGAACCAGUAUGAAGCGGUCCAUAACAGUAUAACCACGAACCACUUCGUUUGUUCGUCUAUUUGCCUCUCUGUCGCUCAAAUAUGGACGAUAGAGAAGCAGAUAACGAAAUUAUGAUUUUCGAUGUUCGCGGUAAGAUCCUUAGAUCUAACCUGGAUUUUAGGAGGCUGUUGUAUAGGCGUUGGUAGAGGUCGAGCAAAAGAUGGCGUCGUGUCUUUUGAUACCACGACAGGCGUGGCUCACUUCGUGAUUUCGUCGCGUUGCUACAAGUACAUGCGGGCCACACCAAUUUUGGUGUCUAGCAGUAGUAGUUGCCGCGCACCGCUAUGGAACGGAGCGGACGCUUGCUCGUAAUAGACGCGUUUUGUUAGAGAGUGAACCUUCUGUACCUAGUACUAUUGUUUAUUCUGUGACCAAGGUGAAAGAAUUUCUGUGGGAAUAUGUUGAAAAGUAGCAAGCACGCUAUAGGUUAUUAGGUUUUCGCGGGCUUGGUUUCCGCAACUCGACGUCAUAUAUUGCGCCUAUUUUGCGUGAUGGGUUGACGGCACUAUUCUUGCCAACCCAACUCUUCCAGGAAGCCUAGCAGACCCUUGAUGUUGCCGACGACUUCUGGGUAUUGUGCCCGGUAUUGUGCCCGGUAUUGUGCCCGGUAUUCUGCCACCGCUGGACAUUCGAGGAUGACGUGGGCGGCUGUCUCUUCUGCCUCCAUGCAUGCCCUGCAAAGGGGGCUAUCUGUACAGCAAGCACCCUAAUAGUUAAUAGUAUGACAGUUGAAUAUCUAUAAAUAAAUAUCUAUUUUUGCAGCGUCAAUAAAUUUCUUAUAUUUUAAUUUAUAGCAUACAAAACGCCAGGAGCGCGACUAUGCGAUGUUCGGUGCAUGUUAUUAUUAAUUUCUUAGGUGAUUUAAAUUAUUCUAUCACAGUAUGACUAAAAUAAAAUAUAUAUUUUUCGGGAAAGGAAAACUUAGAAGCCGGCUGCUUAAGCAGAAAUCCUGUACUAGAACCUAAUGAAAAUACAGCGGAACAAU